GCGGAGCAACGCUAUCGCUGAAGGACGACGAAGCCCAAUUGAUUUCUCUCUUUCAUCCGAACACACACGCACGCACACUCUCACCUGCUGUUCCGCGCAACUGGGAAUACAGUUUAUCGUUACCACCUACAUCUUUCAGCUACUACUUUUACCCCCCUGCCGACGCCAUGCCUUCUCUCAAGGAGCAGCUGGACCAGAUGGUGAAGGAGGUGCAGCCGCAGGUCAUCGAGUGGCGCCACCACAUCCACGCCCACCCGUGCCUCAGCCACCAGGAGGGCCCCACCGUGGCCUACGUGCAGGCCGCGUUGGAGGCGAUGCCCGCAAAGCUGAUCAUCACGAACCCCACCAAAACAAGCAUCCUGGCGGACCUGAAGGGCGGUGCUGGCGAGGGCCCGAUGAUCGCGCUGCGUGCGGACAUGGACGCGCUGCCGCUGGAGGAGCUGACGGACGUCCCUUUCAAGUCGCAGAACCCCGGCGUGAUGCACGCGUGCGGGCACGACACGCACACCGCCUGUCUGAUGGGUGCGGUCAAGGUGCUGUGCGAGAUGCAGGAGAAGAUCAAAGGCACCGUGCGCUUCGUGUUCCAGCACGCGGAGGAGGUGAGCCCGAGCGGGGCGCGGCAGAUGGUGGAGGCCGGUGCGAUGCAGGGCGUGGACAUGAUCUUCGGCCUGCACAACCGCAGCCUACUGGAGGUGGGCCGUACUUCAUCCCGCGCCGGCAUUGCGUCUGGUGCGGUGAUCGACUUCGACAUCACGGUGCACGGCAAGGGCGGCCACGCCGCUGACCAGCAGCUGUGCAUCGACCCCAUCGUGAUCGCCUCCGACAUCGUGAUGAACCUGCAGACGAUCGUGUCGCGGCGCAUUGCUGCGUCGAAGGUGCCGGUGAUCAGCGUGACGACGUUGCAUGCCGGCACGGGCAGCUUCAACGUGAUCCCGGACACCGCGAACAUCCGCGGCACCAUUCGUGCUCUCAGCGAUGAAGGCGAGCGUGACGCGCCGCGGAUGCUGGAGGAGACGGCGAACGCCAUUGCCGGGCUGUACGGCGCGACGUGCACCUUUGACUGGCCCGAGGUGGUUUACAGCAUGCGCCACGCUCAGCACUGCUUCGAGAUAAUGCAAAAGGUGUGUGUGACGAAGCUGCCGGCGGGGGAGGCCGGGUUCGACGUCAUCACGGACCCAAGCUUCGGCGCGGAGGACUUCUCGGAGUAUGAGCGCGUGGUGCCGGGCUGUUUCGCGUACUUCGGCGUGAAGAACGACGCAAUUGGUGCGUGCCACGGCGCCCACACCUCCCUGUUUAAGGUGGACGAGACCGGCUUUGAAACGGCCGUGCGCAUUCAUGUCCGGCUGAUCGAGGAGCUUUUGAUGCCUGCCUAG